AUGGCGACUACCUACUUUCCUCCUCCACCCCAGGACCCUCAAUUUCCUCCGCCCCCAAGAUCCACAACUACUCAUUCGAACCCCCAAAGCCUCUCCAAUUUCUCGCAACCGAAUAUCAGCUUCCCCCCACCGCAACGGCAACAGACAGCUCCUGCCGUGAGCCCAUUCGCAGCGGAUACCAAUGCCGUAGCGUACACCGCGAACAGUGAUAUCGGUAAUCCAUACGGAUCAAAUUCCGUGUCUCCUCCCCCUCAAUCGUCGACACCCCCAGCCGCCCCCGUCGUGUCGGCCACAAGUCAAGAUGAAGUCGGUACAUUCAACGGCGGAAGCUACCGAAUCAGCCACCGGGACACCAACUCCGUACUCACAAUGCAGCUGGCAAUGGGAUGCCCCAUCGAGGCCAAACCAGGCGCCAUGAUUGCAAUGUCCGGCAACAUUUCCCUCAGAGGAACAGUGAAAUUCGGCCUAGCGAAAAUGGUCGCUGGCGGAAUGACCUCCUCGAUCUACACGGGGCCGGGGGAAAUCCUCCUGGCGCCACCUUUCCUAGGCGACAUCAUUGUGCUCCGGAUGGACGGCUCGGAGCGAUGGAAGGUGGGCAAGGACGCGUUCCUGGCUAAAACAAGUGGCGUCGAAAAAGACUACAAGGCCCAGGGAAUGACCAAGGCUGUCUUCUCUGGCGAGGGUUUCAUCAUCUAUCACAUGUCGGGGGUCGGUCUUGUGUGGCUUCAGAGUUUCGGUGCCAUCAUUAGGAAAGAUAUCCCCGAAGGCACAACAUACCUAGUCGACAAUGGGUAUAUUGUAGCCUGGAACUGUAAGUACAAGAUCGAGCGAGCUGCGUCCGGUGGCCUGCUGUCGGCUUUCAGUUCCUCGGAAGGACUUGCGUGUAAAUUUGAGGGUCCUGGGACUGUCUACCUGCAGACGAGAAAUGCCAGUGCGUUUGCGGCUCAUCUCAGUGGUAAACAGUAA